AUGGAGGGGAAGGCAGAUAAUCAGCAGAGCGUGGUGGAGCUGGUGGCUGCGUUUGAAGAGCACUGCAGGGACAGCACAUCUGCUCAGAGGGACAAGCAGGCAGGCAGGCAGCCCCAGCAGCUUCCAGCAUUCCCUGCCAGCCAGAGCCACUCCCUGACCAGGAAAGAGAAUGAGGAGGAGGAGAAUCAGCAAGGUCAGCGUGGACUCAGCUUCAAAUGCCUCCGUUCUCUGCGGAGCAAAAUCCGUGAGGACAACUGGAGGAGGCCACAGGGCCCAGGCCUGGAGCCUGGCAGCCAGGAACCAGAGGAAAAGAAAAUUGCUCUGGAGCUGCUGGAGACAGAGCAGGCUUAUGUCAACCGCCUCCACCUCCUUGACCAGGUGUUUUAUACAGAGCUGAUGAAAGAAGCCAAAACUGGGAAGACGGUCCCAGAGGAGGUGGUGAAAAUGAUCUUUUCCAACAUCUCCUCCAUCUACCAGUUCCACGCUGAGUUCUUCCUGCCAGAGCUGCAGAAGCGCAUGGAGGAUUGGAACCGCAACCCCCGCAUUGGGGAUGUCAUCCAGAAGCUUGCACCCUUCCUCAAGAUGUAUGGGGAGUACGUGAAGAACUUUGACAAGGCCGUGGAGCUCAUCACUACCUGGUCAGAGAAAUCACCCCCCUUCCAGGAGCUCAUUGCUGACAUCCAGAAGAGGAAGGUGUGUGCUAACCUGACGCUGCAGCACCACAUGCUGGAACCCGUGCAGAGGAUCCCGCGCUACGAGCUCCUCCUGAAGGAUUACGUGCGGAAACUCCCGCCCCAGUCCCCCGACAGGGGCGAUGCCGAGAAGGCCCUGGAGAUGAUUUUUAUGGUGGCCAAGCACUCCAAUGCAGCUAUUGCUGAGAUGGAACGGCUGCAGAACCUCUGGGUGGUCUAUCAGAGGCUGGGCCUCGAGGAUGACAUCGUGGAUCCCUCCAAUGAGCUGAUCAAGGAGGGGCCAAUCCAAAAAAUCUCCACCCGCAACAACAGCACUUCGGAGAAGUACCUGUUCCUGUUCAACAACAUGCUGCUGUACUGCGUGCCCAAGGUCAUCCAGGUGGGCGCCGAGUUCCAGGUCCACCUCCGCAUGGAUGUGGGGGGCAUGAAGGUGCGGGAGCUGAAGGACGCUGAGUUCCCUCACACCUUCCUGGUGUCGGGAAAGCAGCGGACACUGGAACUCCAAGCCAGGUCUGGGGAGGAGAUGGACGACUGGAUCAAGGCCUUCCAAGAUGCCAUUGACAGGAAGGAGAAGAGGAGUGAGACCUUCAAGACAGCAGUCCAUGGACUGGAGACAGACACCCCUGCACUGAAGACAGAGGAGCUGGGCCGCCGAGCCCCACAGUGGGUGCGGGACAAUCUGGUGACCAUGUGCAUGCGCUGCAAGGAGCCCUUCAACGCCAUCACCCGCCGGAGGCACCACUGCCGAGCCUGCGGAUAUGUGGUGUGUGCUCGCUGCUCUGACUACAAGGCCGAGCUGCAGUACGAUGGGAACCGCCCGAACCGCGUCUGCCAGGAGUGCUUCAUCUUCCUGACCGGCCACACGCUGCUCGAGGACCGCGAGGGGAAGCACAAAGGCAUCCUGGAGAAAGGAGCUGCAGAGGUAUCAAGCAGGAGUUUGCUCUGCAGUUCCCUGCAGCUGCUGGACAAGAACGGCAAGGGGGCCACGCGGGGCUGGUUCGUGAUCCCACAGGACGACCCCCUCGUGCUCUACAUCUAUGCAGCCCCCCAGGACGUCCGAGCCCACACCUCCAUCCCCCUGCUGGGCUACCAGGUGCGGGACAUGCCCCAGAGCGAGUCCCGGCACCUCUUCCAGCUGGCGCAGUCCCGGCAGGUGUUCACCUUCGUGGCCGACACUGAGGAGCUGAAACAACGCUGGAUGAAGGCCAUGGCGCGCUCUGCUGCGGGGAUCACGGACCCGGAGGAGGAGGAGGAUGCAGAUGAAGCAGAAUGAUGCCAUUCCCACCCCUGCGCUGCCUGGGGGUCACACCUCCCCUACCUGCUCUCGCUGCUGGCUUUGGGCAGACCCCCGACAUCGCUGCAUUCUGGUUUUCCAUCGCGAUAGGGGCAAGAAGGGGACACGUUUGCCAGCACACGGACAAGCUGGAUCCCUUUUCUGUCCCUGGGCAGAGCAGCUGGGAGCGGGGAUCUGGGGAGCCCGCGCCCCGCAGAGCCCGGCCGGGCGCGGUGCGGUGCCGCCGGCGGCCGCGCGAGGGCAGCACCGGCCCGUCCUUCCGCGGCCGGGCGGGGAGCCC